GACUGUCUGUGCUUCUGAGUUAUUUUGGGAUCUAGCAGCUUGGCUAGAUGUUCUGCUGGACCCAGUCUGUGUCUCUUCAUUUUAGCUUAGCUGGACUGGGAAGCUGUCAUGGAAAUCAACAGGAAAGAGGACAAAGAAGAAGAUGACAGCCCUGAGGGGGAGAUGACAAAGGAGGAUGUUUCAGAACCUGCUGAGGGAGACAUUGUGCCAGGCUGGGCUUCUUCACAUCACCGGCCGGUUAUCCACCAGGUGGCCUCUGCACCCAUGCCCAGUGACUGUGAGUUCUCCUUCUUUGACCCCAGUGAGCCACAGUGCAGGGAGGUUCUCCUGGAUCCCAGCACCACCAUACCAGAGCUGUUUGCUGUCCUCAGGCAGUGGGUGCCCCAGGUCCAGAAGAACAUCGACCUUAUUGGCAACGAGAUCCUAAAGAGAGGCUGCGGUGUGAAUGAUCGAGAUGGUCUGACUGAUAUGAGCCUGCUGCACUACUGCUGCAAGGCCGGAGCCCCAGGCAUUGGUGAUGCAGAGACAGCAGCCACCUUUGCACGUCAGAUCCUCUCCCUGGGUGCUGAUCCCAACCUUCGCUCCCGCUGGACUAACAUGAGGGCCCUGCACUAUGCAGCCUACUUUGACGUGCCCCAGCUUAUCCGGGUGGUGCUGCAGGCCUCCCAACCUGGAGAGGUAGAUGCCACCUGCAGUGACUUUGACUUUGGCACCUCCCUGCACAUUUCUGCGUCCAACCUUUGCAUCUCAGCUGUCAAAUGUCUCCUGGAGCUAGGAGCCAAUCCUGCUUUCAGAAAUGAAAAAGGUCAGUGCCCUGCAGACGUGGUGCCUGACCCCCUCGACAUGCCCUUGGAGAUGGCUGAUGCAGCCGCUGUGGCUAAGGAGCUUGGUUCUUUGCUGAGACAGACUUUACCCAGACCCAGCUCCCCUCUGCCCCUCACACUGCUGGCCCAGACGCUCCCUGCUCUCUCAGAGAAGGCCAGGAUUCAGCUGGCCACCAUGGGAAUCCGACUUGGUGACCGCGUUGUGAUUGCUGGACAGAAGGUUGGCACCCUGCGGUUCUGUGGCAGCACAGACUUCUCCGGAGGCCUCUGGGCUGGAGUGGAGCUCGACAAAGCAGAAGGGAAGAACGACGGCUCAGUGGCAGGCGUUCAGUAUUUCACCUGUCGACUGAAACAUGGCAUCUUUGCCCCACUCUCUAAGAUAAGCAAACCUUUGGAAAGACAUAAAUCCAGCAUCACAAAGACACCAGUACGUCCCCCACGUCGCAUUGACCUGUCCCGCAUCACCUCCAAGAUAAACACAGGUUUAUCUCCAUCUGUCCAUAAACCCCUUGAAAAUCACCAGAGUCCACCUGGUCUCAGUCAGGGUUCAGAGGGAGACGCCUCAGUGACAAAGACAGGUGUUCUCUCUCGCUCCCUGUCCUCUUCAUCCUCUUCACUGGACUCUCGGCCUCCGCCAGGCCCACGACCUCGUCCCCUGCCGAGGCAACGCCAUCCUGCCAGGCAGCGAAGAGAGCGCGUUUCCCCGGGUCACAAGACCACACCCUCACUGGGCCUGCACUCUACUCCUGACACCACUGCACUUCCUGCUGCAGGUGUAGGAAGCCAAACCCCCUCAGCUAACAGCUCUGUGUGUGGGGGCCCCGAGAUGCACGUCGGGGAGAGGGUGCUGGUGGUUGGUCAGAGGACUGGUGUUGUCCAAUUUUAUGGACAGACCAGCUUUGCUCCAGGGCUCUGGCUGGGCAUUAAAUUGGACAAACCAAGUGGUAAGAAUGAUGGAUCAGUGGGAGGAGUGAGGUACUUCAGCUGCCCACCGAAACAUGGCGUCUUUGCUCCACCGUCUCGUGUUCAAAGGAUCCAUGGAUCUGUGGACUGCCUGUCAGAGCUCUCCUCCUCACGCCUCACUCAUCCUUUCAGCGGGACCAUCCGUCGCAGCUCCAGCACGUCGUCGGCCAUAGCCAAUCCGAAGGAGUCGAGCAGAAGAAGAAGUCCUGUUAGCAGGAGUCGCUCCACCCCUCACCGGCGCCGCUGGAACACCCUCACCAGUGGUGGUGUUGUUGGCGGUGUUCCUCGGAGCACAGCUGGGUCCAGUCCCUCACCCGGGUGUGAUGGACAGGUCUGUCUCCACGUAGGCAUGCAGGUCCUGCUCAGCAGUGCCAACGAGAUGGCGUUCAUCCGCUACCUGGGCACAGCCGACUUUGCCCCGGGCCUUUGGCUCGGUCUCGAGCUCCGAAACCCGAAGGGCAAGAAUGACGGCUCUGUGGGCGGCCGCCGUUACUUCAGCUGUCGAGCGGGCCACGGCGUGCUGGUCCGUCCCAGCCGUGUCACCUACCGUGGAAUCAACGGGUCACACCUGGUUAAUGACAACAGCUGAGGACUGUUGGACCGGGGUGGGGCUGCCAUAGCGAUUUGACAUGUUUUGAAAUUCUGUUUAUGGUCUAUUCAAAGUUUACGUUUCAACUUGUUUUUGCUCAUAAUUUUCUCACUCAUGCAGUUACUCAUACUCUUCCAGGGGGGAGGGGUGUGAGUUAGUUGUUAGACCACUUUAUGAGGGUUCAAAUUUAAACUAUCAUGUCUUUGGAAAUAUGAGAAAGGCAAAAAAAAAAAAAAGCACUUUAUAGAAUGAAGUCAAAUUCCUAUAAGAUUUUGUUUUGGCAGGAUGCGAAGGGAAAAUGCUGAACAAAAUAAAAUAAAAACUGCACUACCUUAAAAUCUUAUUGCACUAAAAAGACAUCGAUAGAUUAGAAUAAGAGACAUGGGCUGGUAUGGUUGUGCACACAUGAGAAAAAUAUUUCCAUACAGAAGUUCAUUAUGAUGAAAUGAAAUUCUGAUUUUUAUCAGGAGAUUUAUGUGGUAAUGUAGCCGACUCUCUAACCAAAAGUGUGUGUGUGUGUUUGUUUCCGUGUGUGUACUCAUUCAGAGCACUUUCAAACAAGAGACUGAUGGAAGGUCAAAGGUUAAGAGAAGUUUAAGUCAAAACAGUUCAUUAAGUUAAAUUCCUAUGUGAAUGACAUAUAUGAUUGAAACUGUCAGAAUACAAAUGCACCGACAGAAGUAGUUUCCAUUUUCUUACAUCAUUAUACCGUUGUUACGCUCGUUGAGGGCCAUCUACCAAUUACCCUUUUGGUUCUGUUAUUGUUAGUAACCAUAGGGAUAUCAUGAUUUAGAUUUAUAAUCCAAAAGUUAUUGAAAGUAGCUUUCAGAAUCUGUCCAACAAAUCAAAAGCAGGAUUGGUGUUUCUUUGAUUUGUUUCUCUCUACUCUGUAACAAGCUUAAAAAGAAGUUGAAUCUCAGCUGCACUUUUAGAAACAAAAUGUUCACAGCCUGAGUCAGGUGACAGAAACAAGUGAACCAUCCAUCCAACUCCGUAGUCUAACAGAAAUCUUAAAAUGACGUUUACGGGCAAAAAAUAUUCUUUGGCCAUUCGUCCAAUAAAGAUGAACUUUUUUGACUAACUUGCUGUUUAUUUGCAUCCCAGUAAAAUGAGAUUGAUAGGUUUGUUCACAACUCACAGAGCUGACUGUGAACAGGAAACCACAAACUGUGAUGAAUCUGUAAUUGUUGUGACAGGAGAAUUCAUAAUUUAGAAAGCCUACUUUAUAAUAUGCAACCCGUCCACAUGUAAAGUAUUUUCUUAUCCGAAUUGAUGGCCUGCAGGAAAUAAUAGCUGGCAUUGAUAUAGUUGCACCAGAUGAUGACUUAAAAAAAUCAAAGGUUGAAUCUUUGACUUUCAGAAUCAUGCCAGGAUGAGAAUUCAAACCGUUUCCUUCUGACUGAGCAGCACAGCAGGCAGAGCUGUCACAGUAAUUACACAUUUUCUUUUGAAAAUAAAAAAAACAUGAAUUUGAGCCUGAAGUUAAAAAUGUAUUCAGACAGUUAUUCAGACUGGACAGCUUUUCAGGAUCGUUUUGUAUCCUUUCAUCUGUUGAAGACCACACGUCAGAGCAGUGGAUGUGGCAAAGUUUGUAUUUUAAGGCUUUAAUUAAAGCAGCUUGACACAGGAAAUAAGCAAUCAUCCAACAGUUUCAGGGACAGAGUCUUGCUAUUUGAUUAGAGCUGUCUGGACAACUCUGCGCAGAACAAGCCAUCGAUUGUGCAUGUGGAAUACAGACCCCUCUAUUCAGUAAAACAUUCAUGUAGUAUCCAAUUAGGGCGCGUAGGGCUCAACAGUAGCUGUAGAAUCUCCAAUGGCCCCCGCUCAUUGAUCUGUCUGCUCAGGCCCCCUGUGAUGGAAAAGCAGCAGUUGGUCGGAGCCCAAGGUUGACUAAAAUGUUUGUCACAGGAUCAACACAUAAAACAGGAAACAUUUGAAAAGAGCAUCAAAUGUUCUAUUGAAGAUGCAAUGAGGCCAUCUCUGAUACUGUCUCUGACUUUUGUUAGUGCUCCACAUUUUAAAUUUCCGUUUUAGAUAAACUCCCAAUUUCUUCUGUAUCUGCAUUCCCAAACGUAUUACAGCAUGAGUGAUUUCAAAUUCCACUGAUGGGAAUGAAAGUCUUUUGACGCUGUGUUUUUGUGGGUAAUAGAUGAUAGACCUUUUUUUUUUAUUAUUAUUUAAUGAAGUUCCUGGUAUGCAUAUUUGAAGAUUGCGUGUGUCUGUGUGAGAGGGAUUUGGUAUGAUGCAUUUACAUGUUGUGGAAAAUACCAGUUAUUUGUAAGAGGAAGAUAAAAAGAAUAAAAGAUUCUAUUCUAAUGA